CGGAAGUGGGGGCCUCCCUGUCGUGCAGAGCCGGCUACAUCCGGGCACCGGCGCCGCGGGGCCUAGCGGUGACUGGGGCCACAGGCUGGUUCAUGGGGACGGCUCAAGCCGGCGAGGGCUCCUGAUUGAGUGAGGAGCACCGGUCACCUGGCCCCAGGGCGGCGGGAGGAAGUGACGCGGUGGGCACGGAUGGGUCAAGGGCCACACGUGAGGUCAUCAAAAUAUGCGGUGACGUCACUGUGUUGUGUCACAUGAUGCCGUUGUGAGGUGUAUGAUGUCAUCUCACUGCAGAGUGAUGUCACAGAAGGGCAGGAGGUCACACCUCAUGACUGUUGUCAUGGUGACAGUGCACAGCUAGUGAUGUCAUGGCACUGGGGUGAUGAUGUCUUGUUGCGUGAUGUCAUCAAGUGAGGUCACCAACGCACCUGAUGUCACACAGGGUCGUGGUAGUGCUGGGUGAUGUCAUCGAGUGAGGUCACCAGCCCACCCGAUGUCACACAGGGUCAUGGCAGUGCUGGGUGAUGUCAUCGAGUGAGGUCACCAGCCCACCCGAUGUCACACAGGGUCAUGGCAGUGCUGGGUGAUGUCAUCGAGUGAGGUCACCAGCCCACCCGAUGUCACACAGGGUCAUGGCAGUGCUGGGUGAUGUCAUCGAGUGAGGUCACCAGCCCACCCGAUGUCACACAGGGUCAUGGCAGUGCUGGGUGAUGUCAUCGAGUGAGGUCACCAGCCCACCCGAUGUCACACAGGGUCAUGGCAGUGCUGGGUGAUGUCAUCGAGUGAGGUCACCAGCCCACCCGAUGUCACACAGGGUCGCGCAGUGCUGGGUGAUGUCAUACCAAACGCGGUCAUGGCAGCAGGCAGUGGCGCUGGGGGAGUGACUCGCUGGUCUCUCUGCACAGGCAGCGGCUGGCGCCAUGGAGCCCAACCGGGCGGCAAGCGACCAGACUGGACGGGGAGCCGCCAAGACCAAGAUCCAUUUCAAGGUCACCCGGUUCAUCAUGGAGGCAGGGGUGAAGCUGGGCCUGCGAUCCAUUCCUGUGGCCACGGCCUGCACCAUCUACCACAGUUUCUUCACGGCCACAGUGGCCCCGGGGCCCUACGACCCCUACCUGGUGGCCAUGGCUGCACUGUACCUGGCCGGGAAGGUGGAGGAGCAGCACCUACGCACCCGGGACAUCAUUAACGUCAGCCACCGGUACUUACACCCCCAGAGCGACCCCCUGGAACUCGACUCCCAUUUCUGGGAGCUGCGGGACAGCAUCGUCCAAUGCGAGCUGCUCAUGCUGCGGGUGCUCGGCUUCCGCGUCUCCUUCCGGCACCCCCACAAGUACCUGCUCCAUUACCUGCUCUCCCUGAGGCAGUGGAUGAACCGGCACAGCUGGGAGCGGACCCCUGUCUCGGCGGCGGCCUGGGCACUGCUCCGGGACAGCUACCACGGCGGGCUGUGCGUGCGCUACCCCCCUCAGCACGUGGCGGUGGCCGUGCUGUACCUCGCCCUGCACUGCUACGGGGUGGAGGUGCCCACCCAUGCACAGGCUCAGAGACCCUGGUGGCAGGUGUUCAGUGAAGAUCUCAGCCAGACUCAGAUUGACCAGAUCGUCUUGGACCUGAUCCAGAUUUACACCUUGGAUGCGGAAAUCUCCUAAUGGGGUCCAGAGAGCGACCCAGUGCUGGGGAGGGGACAGGCCCCAUUCCCACCCCCCCAAGCCAGCCAGUCCCUGUCCUGGGGCGGGAUGGGCGCCAGUGCCCCUAGAGGGGAAAGACCCCAGGCCCCAUUCCCACCCCCCUAAGCCAGCCAGUCUCCGCCCUGCAGCCAGAUCAGAGCUGGCACCCCCUAGAGGGGACAGGCCCCUGCCCCAUUCCCCUGUUCCCUUGAGCCAGCCAGUCCCUGCCCUGGGGCCAGAUCGGGGCCAGCGCCCCCCAGAGGGGACAGGCCCCAGGCCCCAUUCCCCCAUCCUCCUGAGCCAGCCAGUCCCCACUCUGGGGCCAGAUCGGGGCCGGCGCCCCCCAGAGGGGACAGGCCCCAUUCCCCAGCCCCCAAGCCAGACAGUCCUUGCCCUGGGCCAGAUGGGAGCUGGGACCCCCUAGAGGGGACAGGCUCCGGGCCCCAUUCCACAGCCCCCAGAUUGGAGCCGGCGCCCCUAGAGGGGACAGACCCCUGCCCCAUUCCCAGCCCCCCGUGAGCCAGCCAGUCCCUGCCCUGGGGCCCGAUUGGAGCCAGCGCCCCCAGAGGGUAAAGACCCCAGGCCCCAUUCCCUGCCCCUUCCCCAGCUGUGAAAGCAGAGUGCUGGUUGCAGUCUGGGUGUCCUGUCCCACAGCCAUUGCCCUUGCUGCCCAUGCUCCUCCUGUGGGCCAGCUGCGCCUCGAGAAGGCCAUCUGCCCUGAGCACCGUGCCAGCUCAGAGCCGCCAGGCAGGGCGCUACAGCCGCUGGGCCACAAGCUCCAAAGCGCCACAUAGCGCGCCGUGGGGCCCGACUGGCCGAUUCUGUGUGGACCCAGGGCUUCUCUUUGCCCCUGCUCCGGCGAGUACAGCUGUGCCUGUGAACCAGCUGUGAGCGGGUUGUUCUUUGGGCUUUGCCCCGGGAUUGGGCCUGGCACCCAUUUCGCUUGCUGAUGCCUGGGCCCGUGGAGCGGUGCUGGGUCGCAAAGGGGGCCUCGGUAUAAUCACCACAGCCAUGAGGCUGGGGGGGGGGUCCCCCACAUGUGUAGCCGACUCUGCCUGAGUUUGCAGAGAGCCUGCAUCACCCUCGUCUUACGGCCCCCCGCUGCAGGAGGAGAAAGGCCUUCGGGAGGGUUAUUUCAGUAAUUUUUAAUAAUAUGAACAAACUUCAUCGAGCCAUUCAGUUGGGUUAUAUGCUUUGAUCCGGAAAUGGGCAUGGUUGGGGGUGGUCACAAUUUCAGUCCGAAAGCCACCCCCACACUGGGGAAGGGGGGGGACACCCAUAGAAACCUUCAAUUGAUUUUUGUUCCUUAAAAAAACCAAAACCAGUUUGUGUGUGUCCCCAGCUGGAGGAAGGGAAGAAACCAGACCAGCUCCCCCACGUGGGCGUGGUUAGACCCAGCGAGGUGGCUGAAGAGUGAGCGGGGAGUGGGGGGGGGUUAACGUUUGGUUUGUUUUAAAUAUAGAUCUAUAUAUUCAC